AUGAAGAGUGCAGAGGCGGAAAGCAAAGUUCGUUUGACGUUGCUCUUAGCUGCCAAUGAAGAGGGAUUAGAGAAACUUCCUCCUCUCAUGAUAGAACAUUCGGAAAAACCUAGAUGCUUUGCUAAACUUAAAUCUUUUCCUUUCAAGUACAGAGCCAAAAGAAAAGCUUGGAUGAAAAGUGAAAUAUUUGGCGAUUGGCUUAAAUCCCUAGACAAAUCUAUGCGAAUGAAAAAGAGAAAAAUUAUUGUUUUCAUAGACAACUGCACUGCACAUAACAAUCUGCCUAACUUGAAAAAUGUCACUGUAAAAUAUUUUCCUGCAAACACCACCUCAAAAUUGCAACCAAUGAAUCAAGGGAUAAUUAGGAGUUUUAAAGUGAACUACAGAAAGCAGUUGGUACGCACAUUUGUAGAUGCCAUCAAUGAAAAAAGUUCUCUUCCAAAGAUAAAUGCAUUGGAUACUAUCAAAAUGACUGAUUAUGCAUGGAGAAAUGUUUCUCUGAAAACUGUUCGAAAUGGUUUUAAAAAGGCUGGUUUUAGGAAUAAUUGUGAAGAGGAUGAAGAAGAGGUCGAAGGCAUCAAUAAAGAAAAAGAAACUGAUGACAAUGAAAAUGCAGUGCCAGAUUUGCAAGAAUGGAAUACAAUAAAAUCGAGAAUUAAUGAUGACAUUAAUUUUGAGGAUUUUUUACAAGUGGACAACUGUCUGGCUAUGUGCGGAACAUUAACAGAUGCGGAAAUCAUUGAUAAUGUAAGAGGAAUAUCAGAUGAAGAGGAAGAAGCUGAAGAUCACAUUGAUGAAUUAAAAGUGAGUGCAAAAGAGGCAGAAAAAGCUGUAGAAAUCUUACAGACUUUUUUUUUAAUCCCAGAAAAACAUCGGCUAUGA